GAUAAUAAAUAUAUUACAGCAACAUAUCCGGCCACGUUAAAAUAGCUUGUUUCACGUAAAAUUCAGUGGCCGGGAGUGAUCGUUAAUUUCCGGAGAUAUUAAUUAAUCACAAACAAGAGGUGGCCCCAAUUGUCGGAUAAAGUUGCUGCAGACGUGAAUGUGUCUUUGAGUCGUGCUUGAUCACCAUUACAUUCAUACAAAAUUGACACAAUGAACUGUUGGACGACGUGGCUAGUGGUUGUCACCCUUCUGUCAUCGUUGCUGUUCGUCGGGGGUGUCGAAUUAACCUUUGAAUUGCCGGACAAUGCCAAGGAAUGUUUCUACCAAGCUAUUGAAAAAAAUCAGUCAGCUACGUUGGAAUUUCAGGUUGUUACUGGAGGCCAAUAUGACAUCGACGUCACCCUCGAAGCUCCCAACAAAGAAAUAAUUUAUCGUCAAGUGAAAACGCAAUUUGACUCGCACACUUUUGUUGCAUCACUGGGUGGCGAGUACAAAGCCUGUUUCAGCAAUGAAUUUUCAACAUUUUCGCAUAAAUUAGUGUAUAUGGACUUCCAAGUUGGUGAUGAGGAUUCGCUGCCUGGAUUUGAAGAGCAUGUUACUGUUAUGACGCAGAUGGAGACGUACGCGCAGGAUAUCCAUAAGAAUUUAGUACGCACAGUCGACUAUCAGACUUCCCACAGAUUGCGUGAAGCACAGGGUCGUAAGCGCGCUGAGGACCUCAACGAGCGUGUCCUAUGGUGGUCGAUAAUGGAAACAGCUGCGAUUCUUAUCACAACCGUUGGACAAGUCUUGGUACUGAAGAAUUUCUUCACUGAUCACAAACCCUACCAGAGACUCUGAAGACCGCAGAGUACAAUCUCAUGAUGCAUUAAAGAGUUAUUGUAUUUUUUUUGUGGGAAAGUGGCAGGGAUACACCCCAAAUCUCUCAGGAUGCAGGCAAUGAUCAACAACGUUUUUCACUGCCAAUUUAUGGUUUCUUGAUGCCAGUUUCAGGGGUCUCAGAAUGUUGUUAUUUAUUUCGAAUGAUCAGUGUAGUUAUUUCUUUAAUUUACAGACCGUGUAAUGCACUUUAAUUUCUUCCAAAUGUAAUUUGAUUAAUCUAAACUGAAGAUACUAGUAAUAAAGGUAACGUGUGAAAAAAAAUUAAUGAAAAAAUCCAGCCGUUUCGGUUUGAAAAUUCUAUUGAAAUAAUUUUAGAUUAGAUGACAUCAGAGGCCAUCAUAAUUAUUCAAUAGAAUUUUAAUAGAAUUGUCAAUGAAAUUAUUUCUUAUGUGAAUUGGAUAGCGAAGUUAUUAAACGGUUCAAGUCGAUUUCGCUUAUUGGUUCGUUAUCAAUGCAUAUCUUAGAAUCUACCGCUGAUAGCGAUUUUUUUAUUGGGAACUUUUUUUAGAGCUGAUUAAGAGCUUCAAAAAAUGUCUUGACAAAAAAUUUGUGCCUCCUUCAGAUUCGGAGAUAUUCCUUACCGAAAGCCAGGUCGACUGGAUCAUCACUUGCAUUCUGUUCUUGAUUGUUGAGAAUUAAUUAUUAGAGCUGAUGACUUGAAGAAUUUACGUUAUUAUUGAAGUGAUAAUUACUAAUCUUUGAGGGGAACUAAUGUGGGUGUAACUCGAAUAUUAGAAGAGUCAUUUAAAAACAUGAAAAAUGAAUGAAUAAUAAGUAAUAGUCUUCUGAAAGAGGAAAAUCUAAAAAAAAAUUAUUGAACGAACGAUAUUCUGGUUAAUAACAGAAUGCAAAGUGUCGAUUUAAUGCAGCCAAGGGAAAUUUCGUGAAUGAAAAUUGUAAAUUGUCCGUAAGGAGUUUCCCUUGAAUUGCAAAUCGAGGAUUUAAAAAUAAUAUACUGCUGUCAAUCUUCCCUUUAAAAUUAGAAUCGGGAUGAGCUUUGUACGAAAAAAUAAAAUUUCCGAAGCUCAUUGCCGUUGUUGGAGCAAAACAAGUAGGAAAAAUAAUUUUGCAUGUAUUAGUCGUGAUUUUUACACACUUGUGAACAUUGUAAUAGAAUAAAAAAUGUUCGUACAAACAAUUCAAAAAUUUCAACGAUCA